AUGGGGGUUCCUGCUGAACACCCCGUCUGGACGCGCGAACAGGUCGCCGCUCGCAUCCUCGCAGGCGAGACCCUCGUCAUCCUAGACAACCAAGUCCUCCGCAUCCCUCAGUCAUGGCUCAUGGCACACCCUGGUGGUACUCUCAGCAUCCUGCACUUCGUCGGACGUGACGCGUCGGAUGAGGUCCACGCGUUUCAUUCCGACGCGACGCUAAAGAAGAUGAAGGGAUAUAUGGUGGGGCGCGUCGAGGUUGGUGAGGAUGGCUGGGAUCCCCUCAUGCCUCCCAUCAUGAAUGGGUGGGUCAGGAAGAUUGGCCCGAGCGGCCAGCGCGAAUGGCACAAUGAGGCAGCGCCGCUCAAGUUGGCGGAUGAAUCACCUUCGGCUCUGCCUUCAGAGAUCUUGCUUGUCAAGAGGGCCGAGACUACGUCUUGUCCUUCACCGUCGACGCUUCAGCACCCACCCACUGCUCUAACUACAAAACUUCAGGCGCAGCAUUCGGCAGCGUACAAAGUCUUACACCAGCGUGUCGUUAAUGCUGGCCUCUACAAAACACGGUUUCUUACUGGCUACGGGCCGGAGUUCGUACGGUAUUCCCUCCUAGCUAUCUGCUCGGCCGUCGCCUACUCGAAGGGAUGGUUGUUCGUCAGCGCGCUAUCCCUCGGGUUGCUCUGGCAACAGCUCACAUUCUUCGCACACGACCUUGGCCAUCUUGGUGUGACGCAUGACUGGGUGAAGGACCGUCUCAUCGCCAUAUUUGUUGCCGAUUUCAUUGGUGGUCUGAGUAUCGGGUGGUGGGUAAACGUCAGUAAUUCUGAUCCCGACAUUCAGCAUUUACCAUUCUUCGCCAUUUCUCCCGUGUUCUUGAAGUCGCUCUGGUCUUCGUACUACAAACGUGUCAUGGUAUUUGAUGCCUUUGCCAGAGUAUUCCUCCCUUUCCAGCACAAGCUCUUCUACGUCGUCCUCUCUCUAGCGCGAUUCAACCUUUACGUGCAGUCAUACUCAUACCUCGCCAAGACUGCGUUUGAGCCUAAGCGCGCUGUCGGGGGCCGCUGGUGGUGGUGGGCCGAGAUCGGCUCCCUUGGCCUAUUCUUUUGCUGGUACCUUUCGAUCCUGAAGGGAUGCGGUACUUGGGGCAACAUACUCAUGUAUCUGCUCGUCAGCCAUAUCGCCGCUAGUCCAGUUCAUAUUGUGUUGUCGCACUUUUCACGCUCGACCGAAGAUUUGGGGGUGACAGAGUCAUUCUUCGCGCGUCAGCUCCGCACGACAGUGGAUGUGAUCUGCUCACCUUCCAUCGAAUUCAUUCACGGCGGCCUUCACCUUCAAGUAACCCACCAUAUGUUCCCGCGCUUGCCCCGGCAUAACCUGCGAGAUGCUAGCUUGAUUGUCAAAGAAUUUGCCAAGGAGCAGGAAUUGGAGUAUGCGGAGUUCGGCUUUGUAGAAGGCAACGGUGACGUUCGGAGCGUACUGAAGCAGGUAGCAGACCAGGUGAAGAUUGUUGGCAUGGUCGCGGAUGCUGAAAUUCAGGAGGCCAUUAAGAGCUCAUGA